AUGUGCCAGCUGCUAUGCUUAAUGCCCCGUCUCGACGCAAUUGUGCUUUGCUGUCUUCCAAGAUGUAGCCCAACUUCACUGCACCCAGUCGUCAAUGCCCGCGACUUGAGCAGCACGACCAACAACACGGACAGUCCGCCGAAACCUUCAGAUAGUCUGCAUUUGGGAUCGAGACCAGGCAUUCUUCAACCUCGAACCAUUCGAGGUCGUCUCAUACAACGAGAACCCGAUUCCGGCACCUACAUCGAUCCAGAAGGAGGCAUCUGGCUUUCCGAUAAAUCCGAUGUUGAACUCGGCGGAAUACCGGAGAACGAGGAUGACCCUUCACUCUGGCUCAGCGUACUUGUUGCCGCAAAGCAAAAACAGGGGAGAGGCGGCGUCCUUGCUGUUUGGGAGGCUGUGAAACGGCGCAGGUCAUGGAGGGACGUGACGAGCGAAGAAGCAAAAUCAUUAUGGGGCAUCAUUCUGGAAAACGUCCUCCACGACGAGGACAGGCUCAAGGACGUUGCGUUAUUCGCAGAGCGUCUCCUUCAUGAUAACUCUGCCCAAUGGCCAUCGUUAUACCUGACCACAGUCUCGUACUGUCUCCGGAAGGGCCAGUACCGGCGAGCACUGCAGUGGCACAUGCGUCUGAUGCCGAACUUUGACCCCGGACAGGAAGCCUUCGGUGCCUUAUUACGAGAAUUCGCGGCUACCAGCGACCCCGACAUGCAACAGAUAUUACAAGCUCUGUAUCUGACAGCCAUACACCGCGGGUUAUACAAUGAGAUCAUCCCCCUCCUCUACGAACGCGGCCUUUCUCAACAAUGCGCCGGAUGGCGUCAUGCGUUCAUACACCACGACGAUCUACCCCCACCGAAUAUCGAGUCACAGCCGUAUUUGAGGUUUCUUGCCCGUUACUACCCAACCAUCACCCUUGAACUAGAGGAACAGGUCGUCAUUGGCUUGAACUCCAAGGCCUACUGGGACGCCCAGGACGACUCAUUGUGGGAUGCCAUUCAUGACACACAUGGCGAUGAGAGUGGGCCUCCGGGAAGACAGCACAGUGAUAAACUUGGAGCGCGGUGGUUUGCAAGUUCUUGGGUGCCUCUUGACUUUGCAAUUCAUGCUGUUCAUGCCCUCGGGGUGCACCACAUCGGCCCUCUGUCACUCCAGUCGAUUGCCUUGCGCGAACCGACAGCCAAAGGGGUCUUGAUCCGGAUCGAACAGCUACGGGCAGUCAAUAUUGGCAUUGGACACUCAGCUUACGCGUGGGUGCUGAAACGAUUCGCCGAGAAUAACGAGGACGAGCUGCUCGCGGAAUUGCUGCAUACCGACAUACACCCAGACGUCUUCGACGACCCUGCGAUGCUUGCCAGCAUCCGUGACAAGGCCUUUGAUGAGGGAGACUGGAAGACACACCGGCUCUUGCUGUCCGUCCAGCCCGCAAUGGUGGAAGAUUCGGUCGACUCCACGUCGAACGUCUUGUUGCACCAUCUCGUCGACGAAGGGAGGUUCAAACAAGCUUUGGCUUUGCUGGAUGAAAUGCGAACGAUGGACAUCGGGGUCCACGCAUCAACGAUGCAGCACAUCUGCGCGAGUCUUGUCGAUCCCUUGCCGUGGAAUCCAAAAACGACGACAUCCAACCAGGAGGCGUUUUCCACGGCCAUCGCCUUCCUUACACGCCUGACGCUGUUGCAAAAGCCUCUACAUUCGCGCUACUGGCAGAAGGUACUCUUCGGACUCGGCAAAUUUGGUCGCUUCGACGUGUUGGAGGACAUCAGCCUUGGCAUAUUGGACACGCACCGGCAUCUUUGCAUCUCCAAUGCCGGACUGCUUCCGGUCCAUCCGCUGGAUGCACCGCCUCUGUGUGUAGAGAGCUCGACUAGAAACGUUUUUGUCCCGACAGACUUGCCCAUAUCCCAUGAGCAGCACCCGAUGCGCCGAAUCUUUGAUAACCCUGCUCUACACGCCGCCAUUGCCCGUUGGGGAUUCAAGGCCGGCGGGUUGCGAUGCCUCGAUCCUGCGGGGGAUUUCCCCGCGAAUAAGGAGGUACCAGGCGGUGGGUUCUCCCUCGCUCGGGGCGUGCGAUUGCUCGCGGCACUGAAUGAUCGAGGCAUUCCGUUCCGAACGUCUGUUGCCCAGGAGGAGGUCGUCAAGUGCCUGGCUCGGACGUACCUAGCCCAAGCCAACGGCGCGCCCAGGGUGCAGGCGCGAUUGCCCCCGUUGAACAGCAUUCGGGAGCUUUUCAACAAGGCGGCUAGACGUAGGCUUUUGCCAGACGUUGCAGAAUUACAAGACCUUAUGAUGGAGGCACGGGGGAAGCAAAGGAGAGGACAAUGA